AUGGUCGUUUUCACACUCCCACAUUUUUAUCACGGUGGUUAUAAUACUGGUGUUUGUGUUAAUAAAGCAAUUAACAAUGCAACGUUAAAAACGAUUCCAUAUACAUUAAAUGCUGGCAAAUGUCAUAUGAAAUUUGGAAACGAUGGUGCUCAUAAUAAUUCAUCAGUUAAAGAUUAUUUAGUAAGAAAAGCUCAAGGUGGACGCAUCGGGACAAUAUACUAUUUGAAGUCUACAUUAUAUUGGCAGGACCUAUCAAGUUUGCAUAAAUUUCUUUAUUGCUCAUUUUACGAUAUUGUGCUGGAACGUGCAAAAAAAAAUUCCACGAUGCCUGGAAAAAAAAACAAAAAAACCCAUUCACAUGUUGGAAAAAACAGCCCACCACGUGGCUUGGAAUCUAUUCCUGGACGUAGCAAUUGUUUUAGCAUUAAUGCAGAUGACCAACUUAGUCCAGCAAUAAGAAGUAUCAAAAUAUUCAACGUCACACCACUGGCCACCACAAAUUUAAUUAAAGCUGCAUUUUCCAUAUUUGGCACUAUUGAGUCUACACAAAUAAUACUUGAUAAUAAUGGAAAUCCACGAGGAACAGCCCUCGUGGUUUAUACAAACAAGAAUGAUGCUAUGCAGGCCCAAAAAACAUGUGAUGAAAAAUGCUAUUUUCUAUCACCAUCGAUGAUACCAGUAAUCGUAUCCACACUUGAAGAUUUAGAUCGCACUCUGCUCCCAAGGGCACAAGUCACAGCUCGCGAAAAAAUAGCUGAUGAUAAAGCUAAAUGGGACUCUCCAACAUUAGCUUUGUCUAAUGAAGAACAGUCACUCUUACAAUUACAACAACCACCGCUUGAUACUGAACUCGAUAAAUUGCAAAAAUGUGUUAAUGGAUUAUGUGUUAAUUCAUCGUACAUGCAACAUCAUACUGGUUACAUGCAUCAAGAUGAUAUAUUUAUUGGAACAAUGACAGUGAUGGAACAUUUGUGGUUCAUGGCAAGAAUGAAGCUAGAUAGAUGAAUGAAAAAUUAUGAAAUUUGUGAUAGAAUUGAUAAUUUACUUCGUCAAGUUGGUUUAUUUCAUCGAACAAGUGUUACAAUUGGUAGCAAUGGUGGUGAUGAUAAGGUUUUAUCUGGUGGUGAAAAAAAAAGACUGGCGUUUAUUACUGAGUUAUUAACUGAUCCAAAAAUAUUAUUUUUGGAUGAACCAACAACUGGACAAGAUUCUUAUUCAGCAAGUGUACUCAUAUCACAAUUAACAUCAUUUGCAUCUCGUGGAAAAACUGUAUUAUGCACAAUUCAUCAACCAAGCUCAUCAAUAUUUGAUAAAUUUCAUAGAAUUAUUUUAGUUGCUGAUGGUAGAAUUGCAUUUUCCGGUACUAGAGUACAAGCUCUCCAAUUUUUUGCCAAACAAGGCUACAAGUGUCCUAGUAAUUUUAAUCCAGCUGAUUAUUUUGUUGCAACAUUGGCUAUUGCACCAAGAGAUGAAGACAGCAGUCGUAGAACAGCUCAAAGAAUUUGUGAUGCAUUUUUAACAAGUGAUUCAUGCAAAGAAAUUGACGUUACAUUACAGCUUGAAGUUCACAUGUCAAAAUCUUAUGAUUGGAGAAUUGAUCAUUCAAGAACUCGAGAUUUCAAACAUCCUAGAUGGUGGACAAGAUUAUUUUGGCUAACACAUCGUGGCUUUGUUCAAGUAAUUCGUGAUCAAUCAGUUCAACUCUUAAGAAUACUACAAGAAACAUGUGUUGCAAUUAUGGCUGGAUUAUGUUUUGUAGCAGCUGUUAAUUUAGAUCAAUAUGGUAUACAAGCUGUUCAAAGUGUAAUAUUUGUACUUGUUGCUGAAAAUACAUUUUCUCCAAUGUAUGCAACACUCUCAUUAUUUCCACAAGAACUGCCAUUAUUUUUACGAGAAUAUAGAGCUGGAAUGUAUUCAACUCAUCUCUAUUACAUCUCUAGAAUUAUUUCACUGACACCUGGACUUGUACUGGAGCCAAUGAUUUUUACGAUAAUUAUUUACUGGUUAGCAGGUCUUAGAAAUUCAUUUGAAUCAUUUUUGUUAACAUUGUUGGUGACAGUAUUUACUAUGAAUGUAUCAUCAGCUUGUGGCUGUUUUUUUUCUGCUGCAUUUGAGACAGUACCAUUGGCCAUGGCUUAUCUUGUACCGUUUGAUUAUUUAUUGAUGAUUACCAUGGGACCAUUUGCUAAAUUAAGCUCUUUACCAAUUUACAUCAAUUGGAUAAAAUAUAUUUCUUGGUCGCUGCAUUCAACUGAAGCAAUAACUAUUCUUCAAUGGCAAGGGAUUCAUAACAUAUCAUGUGGAACCAGCCAGCCUGAACUUCCUUGUGUAACAGAUGGCUCAGAAGUCAUUGACAUUUAUGAUUUUGAUGAGGAUAAUUUUUGGAGUGAUAUCAUAUCAAUGGCUAUUAUUUAUGCGUCAUUUCAUGUACUUGGUUAUUUUUUUCUUUGGCGUAGAUGUCGAGCUAAGUAAUGAUAUAUUACUUGA